UCCAACCAAGAACCAUUCGAUGUACCAGUGGUCGACUUCAACAACAGCUGAUGAUUCUUUAACGUAGUAACCGUGACUAGUUAAACAGUGAAUUAGUUCCCUAGCUACAAUUAUUGCCACUUUACAGUGAAAAAAUGUCACAAUUUAAGUUUUGGAAUGACGUUAACAAUUUAUUUGUUAAUGUCGAGGGGCCUGUCACAAAAGGGCCCGCUCCAAGGUGGGAAAGGAGAAAAACCAGCACAGCCUCAUCAAAUUCAAGCAUGAGGUCGAUGUCUUCGUCGGCGGCGAAUUCGUCGACAAAAACUCCGACGAAGUUCAGUGAGCCGACGAAAACACCAUCUAAAACCCCCAAAAGCAAAGGAACCACCCCAGGCAAAGUGAAAACACCGGCGGCUGAUAGAUUUAUACCAUCAAGAAGUGCCAGUAACUUUGAACUGGCCCACUAUAAAUUAAAUCAAGAUGAAAACCAGGUAGACAGUCCCACAAAAACAGAAUUGCAAAAAGUUCUGUCUGAAAAUUUACAUGGAGGUGACAUAAAUAAACAGAGGAUACUUUCAUACCAAAAGAAAGCACCCAGUGCCCCUGAGGGUUUUCAAAAUCCUAUGCGAGUGAUAUAUACCCAAACCAAAACACCUGGAUCUGUAAAGAGCAGCAGCAGAUAUAUCCCACAAGCCCCAGACAGAAUAUUAGAUGCUCCAGAUAUUGUAGAUGACUAUUAUUUAAAUUUGAUGGACUGGAAUUCUAGCAAUAUUUUAGCUGCUGCUCUGGGAUCGCAAGUGUAUCUCUGGGAUGCUGGUGCUGGGACCAUUGAACAGUUAUUAGAGCUGGAAGGAAGUGCAGAUUAUGUGUGUUCAUUGGCGUGGAUACAAGACGGUUGUGUAUUAGCUGUGGGCACCACGAAUGGUACCGUAGAAUUAUGGGACUGCUCAAGACAAAAAAGACUGAGAAUUAUGGAAGGGCACUCCUCCCGUGUCGGAGCGCUUUCUUGGAAUUCCUACGUAUGUACUAGUGGUUCGCGCAGCGGACAAAUUAUUCAUCAUGACGUUAGGCAGCGAGAACAUAUCAUUUCAAUGUUGUCCGGCCAUACUCAAGAGGUGUGUGGUUUAAAGUGGUCGACUGAUGGUAAAUAUCUUGCCAGUGGAGGAAAUGACAAUGUUUUAAAUAUCUGGCAGGCACAGAACCCUAAUCCCUACACUGAAACACAAGCUUUACACACACUGACUGCUCACCAAGCUGCUGUUAAAGCAUUAGCUUGGUGUCCAUGGCAACCUCAUAUAUUGGCCAGUGGAGGAGGUACAGCUGACAGACAUAUCAGAUUCUGGAAUUGCAAUACUGGUGCCUGUAUCAAUGCUGUUGACACUAAGUCACAGGUCAGUGCUCUUCUCUGGUCCACAAACUAUAAGGAACUGAUAUCUGGACAUGGUUUUGCCAAUAAUGAAUUGAUAAUUUGGAAAUAUCCUGGUAUGACUAAAGUAGCAGAAUUGACUGGACAUACUGCCAGAGUUUUACAUUUGGCAAUGUCCCCAGAUGGAUCAACUGUGUUGUCAGCUGGAGCUGAUGAAACACUGAGACUGUGGAAAUGUUUCAGUAAAGUUUCAACCAAGAGUAAGGAGUCUGUGACUGUCCGCGAGAAACCCAGUGUAUUAAAACAAUGUAUUAGAUGAGUUUGACUGUAAUUUUUAAUUAUUAUUAUGUAACUAUUAAUGACUAUUAAUUUCAUUAUUUUUAUUUGUAAUUGAUGUAAUUUUGUAUUUUUAUCAAUAAAGGAUGAUAUCAAGAUAAAACAAAUCUUUAAGCAACCAUUUAUAAUAAAUUAUUUAUAUUACUGA